AUGAGCCUCAAAUCCCCAGCCUCUGCUCCUCAGCUUGAGAGCAAAGGCAGCCAUAGUAUGGCAAGAAAUGGAAGCUGUUUUCUAGUCAGGCACACCCCUCACCCCAGAAGGGUCUGCCACAUCAAAGGUUUGAAUAACAUCCCGAUCUGUACUGUGAAUGAUGAUGAUAACUCACUGGGAACGUUGUGGGAUGUUGGCCAGUUCAACCACUCAGAGAGGGACGAAAUACCAUUUGCCAAAUGCAGUCACCCACCCAGCACCGCAGCCCUGGAGAGCCCAGUCAGAGGAGUCUCACCGGCUCCAAACAGUGGCAAAGGGCAUCCCCCACCCCCGCGGCCUCAUUCUGAGCCCUGUAGAAAAGUCAAGGAGUGCUUCAAAACUUCCAAUGACAAUCCCUUUGUAAUUAAAAAGGAAAUUAAGGUAAAAAAUCCACCCUCACCUCCAAAGGCAUGCUCUACUGCGGGCUCUUGUUCUUCAGGGGUGAUGAGUGCCAAGCCUAACGUCAAAAACAACACUGUAUGCAUACCAAACUACCUGGAUCAGGAAAUCAAAAUUCUGGAAAAACUCUGUAACAUUUUACGUACUGAUUCUCUGGCCGAAGUUCUACAGUGGCUGCUUCACGCAAGUUCAAAAGAAAAAGAAUGGAUCUCAGCUUUGAUUCAUGCUGAGCUGGCUGAGGUCAACAUGUUGGCUCGCCCUUGGAGAAGCAGAGCCUCAGCAGAACCAGCAGCAGUGACUGGGAAGCCGACCAAAGUUAAAUCGCCCUCAUAUUCACCCUCAAAAUCAAAAGUGCUGACCAGACCUACAGAAGGACAUCAACUGACUAGAGUAUCAAGUCAAGGAUCUGAAGACAAUAAAGUGGUACCAAAAGAGGCUGAGCACAAGCCUCCAAUGUUUAUAAGAAGAAAUAAGAUGACAAUACCUGUUACAGAAUAUUUCAGCAAAUCAAAUUCUCCUCCUAGGCCUAAAACUCAGCAGAGCAUAUCAACAAAACCAAUGUCAGCAAGGAGUAUACAAGGAUACAAUCUCUCUCCCCAAAGAACAUUUUCUCCUCUAACAUACCAAAAGUAG